GAAACUUAGGUCUCUUUUUCUCAGUCGGUCUUCUCUGCGAGAAUAACGAUUCAGUAAUCGAUGGCAGCUCUCUCUACAUUGCCGUUUGGUCCGUCACCACCAAUCCAGUUGCACCAGCUGUCUCUCUCCUCUUCCCGCCAUCGCCUCCUCACUCUACCAAACCAUCAAUGGGAAAAGAAACCAACAUUUGAACGCAGAAACAGAGCAUUUCUCUCACCAUCGACCUUGCAUUGGAGCACUAUCUCGAUUCGACGCGUGGAAGCUCGGUCACAGCUGAGGUACUCUAUCAUUUCUCCGGACGACCACUGGGGCACAUGGACUGCGCUCUUCGCUGCCGGCGCUUUUGGUCUCUGGGCUGAGAAGACGAAGAUUGGGAGCAUGGUGAGUGCUGCACUGGUGAGCACAUUGGUUGGACUUGCAGCGAGCAAUUUAGGGAUUAUUCCUCAUGAAGCGCCGGCCUACUGGAUUUUCUUGGAGUUUCUAUUACCAUUAGCUGUUCCAUUGCUGUUGUUUAGAGCAGACCUGCGUCGUGUAGUACGGUCAACUGGAACUUUGCUCCUUGCUUUCUUGCUUGGAUCAGUUGCUACUAUCAUCGGAACUUUAGUGGCUUUCCUGAUGGUUCCUAUGCGAUCGCUUGGUCCGGAUAAUUGGAAAAUAGCUUCUGCUCUCAUGGGUAGCUAUAUUGGUGGAUCUCUUAAUUAUGUUGCAAUUUCAGAGGCUCUUGGUGUUUCAUCAUCUGUUUUGGCAGCCGGAGUUGCAGCAGACAAUGUUAUCUGUGCAAUUUACUUUCUGGUGUUGUUUGCAUUAGCCUCUAAAAUUCCUCCUGAGUCUUCAGAAUCUAAGAGUGAUGUUGAAAUGGAUAUGUUGUCCUCUUCUGGAGGCAAGAACGCUGUGCUUCAAACUGCUACAGCUGUUGCUAUAUCUUUUGUGAUAUGUAAAGCUGUUAAUUAUCUCACAAAAUUAUGGAAUAUUCAAGGAGGUUGCCUUCCAGGAGUAACAGCUUUAGUUGUCAUUUUAGCAACUAUUUUUCCAGCACAAUCUGGUUAUCUUGCACCAGCCAGUGACACUGUUGCUUUGGUUCUGAUGCAGGUGUUCUUUGCCGUGGUGGGUGCUAGUGGAAAUCUAUGGACUGUUAUCAAUACAGCUCCAAGUAUUUUUUUGUUUGCUCUGGUUCAAAUAACCGUUCAUCUUGCCGUGAUCCUUGGAUUGGGAAAGCUAUUUCAUCUUGAUUUGAAGCUGUUACUUUUGGCAUCCAAUGCCAACAUUGGAGGCCCUACAACAGCCUGUGGAAUGGCCACAGCCAAAGGAUGGGGUUCUUUGGUUGUUCCAGGAAUUCUUGUCGGUGUUUUUGGAGUUGCCAUUGCAACUUUUCUUGGAAUUGGUUUUGGAAUGACAGUCCUCAGAUACAUGUAAAUAGGACUUCUCACAGGGAUAAUUUUCAUUUUAAGCAUUCUGAUAAAUGAACUAGUAUCAGAUAAAAGUCUUUUGUAUGUCAUUAUUGAUUUCAGCAAUUUAUCAAUCCCCAAAUUUUCCCAA